ACUUAAUGAACAGAUUGUUCUAAUGCAUAGACCCGUCAUAAUUCUGAUAUUAUAUAUACUAAUUUAUAUCGAACGCGUUAAAAUUGGAUCAUUCAAUAUUCAAGUAUUUGGACGAAAGAAAGUUUCUCAAAAAGAUGUUUUGAAGGUAUUGGUCCAGAUUUUAUCUAGAUAUGAUUUAGUUGCUAUUCAAGAAAUUCGUGAUGCUAGCGAAACUUCAUUCAAACACCUCGUCAAUGAAUUGAAUGAAUAUGCGGGUGGUAUUUACAAAUCGAAAUUAAGUGAGAAACUUGGUAGAACUCAGUCAAAAGAACAAUAUGGAAUAAUCUACAAGCCUGCUCUAUUUAGGAUUGAAGAAAUGGUAAUAUUUUCACAUCAGAAAAAUCUUUUCGAAAGACCACCAAUGGCUGUACAAAUACAUAUGAAACAUUCUGCCGUAAAUAUGUUUGGUUUAAUUGUUGUACAUUUGGAUCCAGACAGUGUUGUUCAAGAAGCUAAUCAACUUUACGCUUUUGCUAAAGAAGUUAUGAAAAUGUGGAAAACACAGAAUCUUAUUAUUUUGGGUGAUAUGAAUGCUGAUUGUGGUUAUCUAUCCAAAAAGAAAAUGUUACAACUUCAUUUACGAAAGGAUACAGAAUUCAUUUGGGCUAUUCCUGAUAAAUAUGAUACAACUUUAGGUAAAGGUGAUUGUGCAUAUGACAGAAUAAUUACACAUGGUAAACAAAUGAAACAAGCAAUUAAACCAGGAAGCACGAAAGCUUAUCAAUUUCCAAAUGAAUUAAAAAUUAGUAAUCAACUGGCCAAACAAGUCAGUGAUCAUUAUCCAAUAGAAAUGGAGAUUAAUUAAACCUAUUUUCUAUUUAUUGCUAAGAUAAUUAUGUUGAACAAUGUUUCCUUAAUGUUAUGGUCAAUGAUUUUAUGCCUAUAUUAGUUCAUUGUUAUUUUGUCAUAUCAUUUUAUUCUAUAUACUCAAAGAUGUUGAAAAUAUACUUAUAUGCAAUACGUUUGAGCUUAAUCAAUGUAUUCUUUGGUAUCACAAGUAAUACAUAUACUUUUGACUUCUGAAUAACCUUCAAGUUAAGGAAUAGAUAAAAAUAGAAUAGUGGAAUAAUAAUAAUACUUAUUAACUCACAGAGUAACCAGCAUUUUCUCUAUAGGAUUUCAGAUGUCAAAACAUUCAGUAAAUAAACUACCGUUUUAAUGUAAAACACGUUCAUCAAGUCUACUCAGACAAUUUACAUUCUUUUACGUCGUAGAUGGGAAAUGUUAGUUUUUUUUUCUUCAAUUAAAAGCAACACUAAGAAGCAUUUCAGUUGGAAUUUCUGGGAAUUAUAACAACCACUACGAUAAUAUAUCUUCUAAUGGACUACAGUAAGCAUAUAUGAAUGCGUUUACAGUCA